UUUCCUUAGAAUCUAAGUGCUUUAUUCUUAUAUUUUGAUAACUAUUCUGCCUGCCCUGAGAUUUCCCUCCACAACUCAAAGUGCAUAAAAUGCGAAAUCUGUGUUCACAGUUGCAAAACCCUUAAACCCUUGCACGCUAUGAAGUCCCUCCUCAACCCCAAGUUCUCACCUUUUUCUCCCAAAGCCUCUCCUUUCGCUCUUUUCUCACUGCCUUCUCAAUCGACAACUAGUUUCUCUUUUCGCCCUCGAAUCCCCAAUCAUCGUCUCCGCCUCAACCCACCUCCCUUUUCGUUUAAUAAUUUCAUUUGCACCUCUCAAGAUCCAAACUUGCAAACGGAGCCCUCGCCACCUCGCUCCGGCGAGAUUCACGUCAUAGUGGGCCCCAUGUUCGCCGGAAAAACCACUUCGCUCCUUCGUCGGAUUCAAUCGGAAACCGCCAACGGCAGAAAUGUGGCAAUAAUUAAGUCAAGCAAAGAUACAAGAUACGGGUUAGACUCAAUUGUUACACAUGAUGGUGCAAAGUUACCAUGUUGGGCACUGUCAAACUUAUCAUUGUUCAAGCAGAAGUUUGGAGUUGAUGCUUAUGAGCAGUUGGAUGUGAUUGGUAUCGAUGAAGCUCAAUUUUUUGACGACCUUUAUGAAUUCUGCCGUCAAGCUGCUGAUAAUGAUGGAAAGACAGUAAUAGUUGCAGGACUAGAUGGUAACUAUUUGAGGAGGAGCUUUGGUUCUGUCCUUGAUAUAAUUCCCCUUGCCGACUCUGUUACCAAGUUAACUGCUAGAUGUGAAAUCUGUGCGAAGCGUGCUUCCUUUACCCUGAGGAAGACACAAGAGACACAGAUUGAGUUGAUUGGGGGAGUUGAUGUCUACAUGCCAGUGUGUCGGCAGCACUAUGUCAGUGGCCAGGUAGCCAUGGAAACUGCAAGACUUGUCCUUGAAUCUCAGAAGGUUGAAUGUGGUUCCCAUACAUAAAUUGUUCUACAUUUCUUAACGGUUGCAUGGCUGCUUAGUGUUUAAUUUAAUCGUGGUUGUGCCAUAUCUACAUAUUGUUAGGAACUGUUGUGUAGGUUCUUUUUUCAAGUAAGCUUGUCAAUAUAGUUUCAACGUUUUAUUCUAAAUGGAAAGUUACUAUUGAAUUUGCUUCAUCUUA